AAUAGCACUCCUAGGGCUGCCGCUGACUGGGACCUUUCUAGGGACCUUUCUCUCAGCCAGGAGAAAUUUUGAUAUUAAUCAGAAAGACCUCUGGAAGAUCCAGAAAGCUGUAGCGGGAAGUUAACCUGUGAACAACCAGCAUGGGAAUCCUCUACUCUGAGCCCAUAUGCCAGGCGGCCUAUCAGAAUGACCUGGGGCAAGUGUGGCGGUGGGUGAAGGAGGACAGCAACUAUGUCAACGUGCAGGACAGCUUUAACGGAGAUACCCCCCUGAUCUCUGCUUGCCGGCGUGGCCAUAUGAAGGUCAUUUCCUUCCUUUUAAAAAGAAAUGCUAAUGUCAACCUCAAGAACCGGAAAGGGAGAACCUGCUUGCAUUAUGCUGUGAGGAAAAAAUUUACCUUCAUGGACUAUCUCCUCAUCAUCCUCUUAAUGCCUGUCCUGCUUAUUGGGUAUUUCCUCAUGGUAUCAAAGACAAAGCAGAAUGAGGCUCUUGUGCGAAUGCUACUGGAUGCUGGUGUCGAAGUUAAUGCUACAGACUGUUAUGGCUGCACUGCCUUACACUAUGCCUGCGAGAUGAAGAACCAGACUCUUAUCCCUCUGCUCCUGGAAGCCCAUGCAGACCCCUUGAUUAAGAAUAAGUAUGGUGAGAGUUCACUGGAUAUUACACGGAAGUUAAAAUUUUCCCAGAUUGAAUUAAUGCUAAGGAAAGCUUCAUAAUCCUUGUGACUUCACAAAUGGAGACCUGGAGUUAGAGGACUGGAUUCUAUCUCCAUCUUGAACUGUUGGUCUGUGGGCCACUCAAUCUGGAUGCCAUUAUUUUAUGAAGAUAAUGAUGAUUGCCAGGGGCAACGUUUUCCAGGGAGCCUUUUAUUUACAGUACUUUUUGCUUAAUUGAGUUCACCAUGGUGACAAUACUUCUAAGGGAAACACUAAAGUUGUUGGAGACUUCAUGUCAGUCAAAAACUGCUAUUUCAGCCUGGUGCAGUGGCUCACUACAGUCCCAGCUACCUGGCAGGCGGCAGUGGGAGGGUCACCUCAGACCUGGAAUUCAAGACCAAUCUGGGGAACAUAGCAAGACCGUAUCUCAAACAACGACAACAAGAAGCUCAGUUUCUCCUGAAGAAGAAGAUUAGGGUUAUCUUCUGAGAUCGUGUUCUCUCUUCCUAGUUGUAUCCCUCUUAUAAAGAGAGUAUUUGGUCUCUGGAAGCCAAACUGUCUCUCUCAGCCCCCUUUGAGUACGGAGAGGAAGACUCAAAGUAUGUACACUUGUAUAGAAUGGUGUGUAGAUGUGUGUGGGUUUAGAGUCAUGUGCCCACAUUCCUUGGAUGAAACAACUGCAAUAAAAACAUCAAUCAUGUGUUAGUGGUGGGUGUGUUAAUCACCGAAAUUGGCAGAUUGACAAUAUAGAACUUUUACCAGCAUACCACUAGACGUGUUGGUAUCAAUUUACAAAUAAAA